AUGGGAAAUGCUUCAGACACAGCCUUGUUUGUCUCCACAAUCUCAAAGGAGCUUGACUUCCUCAUGGGCACCCUCUACAGCAUAUUCUGUGAGUUCAUAUUCACUGCCAAGAGGUCAUACUUAUAUCCAUUCACAACAAAUUCUCACAUUUGAGUAAAUUCAGUUCCAGCUAGCUAGUCAUCCAGUCACAGCCACAUGCAGUUCAAAUUAAGAGAAGAUUCAAGGCAUAUACAAUCAAUCCAUUCAUAGAGUACUGGAUAUGCUUUUAUGCCUGGAUGUAUACCCUCCGAUUUUCAUUCCUCUAUGUCUUCAGUUGUCCUCUCUUUUUCAUAUUAUCAUAUUUCACUCUUGUGGUGCCGAGAAAACAAUGCUAAUUAUGCUGUGAGAACAAGGGAAUCCGCUGACACUGUCCUCGAUUAUAAUUCUUUAUUACAUUUGAAGAUCUCAGCGCCAAUUUACAGAUAUCUGCCGAUAUCUGGAGAAUAACCGGCUCCAAUCUGUAAUAUGUUAUUCUCUCCGUCCUCUGUUUUAACCGUGGUAUUUAUCCUAUGUAACCUGAUAUGGGUGUUUUCCCCUACAGACCAAUCCCAGGACUCCACCUAACAUACUUCCUCGGCUUUAGGGUGCCCCUAUAGAACUACUCUCCAGAUGCUCCCCUUAAGCUUAGUCAACAUCCUCUAAGACCAUUUGCAACCAUUAGCAAAGUCAUAAAUUCCUUAGACACCAUACUCUCUUUCUCUUCUAGGUGUUCUAUCUCUCCUGGGGAAUGGCAUAUUGCUGCUUGUUGCGUAUCGUAAGCACUUGUCCUUGAAGCCGGCCGAGUUCUUCAUCAUUAACCUGUCCAUCAGCGACCUUGGGAUGACCCUGUCUUUAUUCCCUCUGGCCAUUCCCUCUGCAUUCGCUCACAAGUUCGUCAUAUUCUUUCUCUCUUCUGGCUCAUGGAACAAAAAACUAAACAAAAAAACACUUGUUUGAAAUAGAAAAUCUAACAGAACAGAUAGAUGGCAAUACAAACUGUAACAUAGAGGCUCAGAAUAAAUUAGAGGAAAAACAAAAAGAAAUGGAGAAACUUAUUCAAGAAAGAUCAAGUGUAAUAUAUUAUAAAAAUAAAGCAAACUGGAUGGAAUAUGGGGAAAAAUGCACAAAAUUAUUUUUUUAUCUUCAACGUAGGAAUGCUACCAAAAAGAACUUAAUGAAACUGGUUACAAUUGACGGAGCCACCCAUAAUUCACCAAAUGAUAUUUUGAAGGAAGAAACAAAGUACUUUAAGCAUAUGUUUUCUUUUCAGUCGCCUCCAUCUCCUCUAACUGAAGCUAAUUGUAGAGAUUUUUUUCUAUUGAUAAUGUCAAAUUAACAGCCACACAGAAAGACUCAUGUGAAGGUGAAAUUACAGAGGAGGAACUUCUGGAUGCAAUUAAAGACUUUAAGUCCGGGAAAACUCCAGGGUUGGAUGGCAUACCAGUCGAGGUAUACCAAACCUUUUUUGAUAUACUAAGCGGACCGCUAUUAGCAUAAUUUAGUGGUCCUCUGUAGCUAUUAGUGGUCCUCUGUAGCUCAGCUGGUAGAGCACGGCGCUUUUAACGCCAAGGUAGUGGGUUCGAUCCCCGGGACCACCCAUACACAAACAUGUAUGCACGCAUGACUGUAAGUCGCUUUGGAUAAAAGCGUCUGCUAAAUGGCAUAUUAUUAUAUUAUAUUAUAUUAUUAUUAUUAUUAUUAUUAUGUUUUAACCACUCCUAUGUAAAUGGUAGAUUAUCUGACACUCAAGAAGAAGGUCUGAUCUCAUUAUUACUGAAACAGGAUACAAGUGGAAAAUAUAAAGAUCCAGUCCAUUUACAAAAUUGGAGGCCCCUUACACUUCAGUGUUGUGAUGCAAAAAUCCUAGCAAAAUGUAUAGCGCAUAGAAUUAAAAAGGUAUUGUCGGAUAUUAUUCAUUCUAAUCAGACAGGUUUUUUACAUGGAAGAUACAUUGGAGAUAAUAUAAGACAAGUAUUGGAAACAAUAGAACACUAUGGAAAAUAUGGGAAACCAGGCCUGCUAUUCAUAGCAGACUUCGAAAAGGCAUUUGAUAAAGUUCGACUGGGGUUUAUAUAUAAAUGCCUGGAGCAUUUCAAUUUUGGAGAAUCUCUUAUAAAAUGGGUCAAAAUCAUGUAUUGGAACCCUAGGUGUAAAAUAGUAAAUAAUGGCUAUUUCUCAGAAAGUUUUAAACUGUCAAGAGGAGUGAAACAAGGAUGUCCACUAUCAGCAUAUCUAUUUAUUGUGGCCAUCGAGAUGUUAGCUAUUAAAAUCAGAUCCAAUAAUAAUACCAGAGGAUUAGAAAUACAGGGCUUAAAAACAAAGGUGUCAUUGUACGCUGAUGAUUCAUGUUUUCUUUUAAAUCCACAACUAGAAUCGCUCCACAGCCUCAUAGAGGAUCUAGAUAAAUUUUCUAACCUCUCUGGAUUACAACCAAAUUAUGACAAAUGUACUAUAUUACGUAUUGGAUCACUAAAAAAUACAAUUUUUACAUUACCAUGUAGUUUACCAAUAAAAUGGUCUGAUGGUGAUGUGGAUAUACUCGGAAUACAUAUCCCAAAGGAAAUAAAUGAUCUCACUUCAAUACAUUUUAAUAGAAAGUUAGCAAAAAUAGAUAAGAUCUUACUACCAUGGAAAGGAAAAUACCUGUCAAUUUGUGGAAAAAUCACCCUGAUUAACUCUUUAGUAUUAUCCCAGUUUACCCAUUUGCUUAUGGUCUUGCCUACGCCUAGCGAACAGUUUUUUAAAUUAUAUGAGAAAAAAAUAUUCAAUUUUAUUUGGAACGGCAAGCCAGACAAAAUUAAAAGAGCAUAUUUAUAUAAUGAAUAUGAAUUCGGAGGACAGAAAUUAUUAAAUAUUAAAGCAUUAGACCUAUCACUAAAAGCUUCAGUCAUACAAAAGUUAUACUUAAAUCCGAACUGGUUCUCAAGCAAAUUAGUAAGAUUGUCUCACCCAAUGUUCAAGAAAGGCCUUUUUCCUUUUAUUCAGAUUACAACCUCUCACUUUCAGUUAUUUGAAAAGGAAAUCAUCUCCCAAAUGUCACUAUUUCUAAAACAAGCCAUAGAAAGUUGGUUGCAAUUUCAAUUUAAUCCUCCAGAAACGACAGAACAAAUAAUGCAACAAAUAUUGUGGUUAAAUUCAAAUAUAAUAAUUGACAAAAAGCCUUUAUUUUUUGACAGAAUGUUUAAAAAAGGUAUAAUCUUCGUAAAUGAUAUCAUCGGUAGGACUGGUGGAGUUAUGUCGCACAUGCAGCUAACAAAAACAUUUGGAAAUGUCUGCUCUAUCCAAAAUUACAACCAAAUAAUUGCAGCCUUACCGCAAAAGUGGAAGAGGAAAGUGGAAGGGGGAGAAAGUAAGGAACUUGUCUGUCGGCCUUGCAUUAAAGAACAUAAUUGGUUAAGGAAAACUGUGAUAAAUAAAAAAGUAUAUCAGUUUCACUUAAGGACCAAAGGAUUGACAGCCGUCCCAUAUAGAUUGCAAAAUAGUUGGGAAGAGAUAUUUGACGUACCGAUCCCAUGGCAUAGUGUUUAUGAACUGACACGCAAAACGACACCGGAUUCAAAAAUUAGAAUCUUUCAAUUUAAAUUAUUAUAUAAAAUUCUUGCUACCAAUAUAAUGUUAUUUAUAUGGGGGAUACAAUCUUCCCAGCUCUGCAGGUUUUGCUGUGAAGAGACAGAAUCAUUAGAUCAUUUGUUUUGGUUCUGUCCAUUUGUAGCUUGUUGUUGGACACAGGUCCAGGAAUGGCUAAAGGAUUGCAAUAUUUACCUGGAACUAACCUUGCAGAUAGCAUUACUGGGUGAUCUGAAAAGUCAUAGUCAAUCAAUCAAUAAUAUAAUAAUACUUUUAGCAAAAAUGUUUAUUUUUAAUUCACAAUCUGUAGAAGCAAUGAGAAUAGAGAGGUUCAGAAUUUUUGUGAAACAUCACAGUACGGUUGAAAUAUAUAUGGCAAAUAGAAAUCCUAUAUGGAUGGUGUUAAGAGAUAGAUGGGAGGUAUUGAAUAGAGUUGAAGGAUGGGACUAAUAACAAAUAACAACAAAUAAUAACAAAGAUAGCUAAUAAUGUAAGCAUACUGUGUCCAUAAUAAGUAUAUAGGUUGUAUGUUGGGAGCUUUUGGGAAGGAGCACAGUUAGAAAGAUAUGGCAUAUAGAAGCAAACCGGAUGGACACCAUGAAAAUGAUCGGAGAGGUUGAGAGUAGAAGAAGUUCAGGAGCAAAAAAUAUGUAUAUAUAUAUAUAUAUAUAUAUAUAUAAUAGAAUUAUUGUAAAAUUAACUCUGUCCAUAAGGUGUAGAUAGUAAGUAUAGACCGGAAGUAGAGGCCUGGGCAUUGUUGUUCACUAAUUUACUCCAAGUAGGGAAAGGAUGGUGGGGUUGAAAAGUAAUAAAGGGGAGUAUAUAUAUAAAAAAUAAAAAUAAACAUGGGGGAUUGGAAGUGAUGCAGACAAUUACAUUGAUUGAAGAUACAAUCUAUCUGCAAUAUUAAGCUGAUCCAUUCCCACAGAAAAAAUAAUAAUAAUAAAUAAAUAAAAUAAAAAAAAUAUAUAUAUAAAAAUAACACUUGUUUCUCUCUCUCUCUGUUAUUCUGAGUUGUAAUGAUAAUGACGGAAUAGAACACUUUCUCCUGCCUAACUCUUAUCUCUCCCCACCGUGUAGGUGGUUGUUUAAUGAGAUCACCUGUCAGUUCUAUGCUAUGUGUGGGGUUCUGUUUGGUCUGUGCAGCCUGACCAACCUCACAGCUCUCUCCUUCGUCUGUUGCCUCAAAGUCAGCUUCCCUAACUAUGGUGAGUUAGAUGUCAAUGGGAUAUGAUCAAACCUUUAUUUUUUCCCCGUACAUUAAUCUCUGAAAUGGUGAAAUAGUCUGUUAAAACUGAUGCAAACUAAUUUGCCCUUUAGAGAUUAAUAAAACACUAUCUUAUCUUAUGUCAAAAUGCAAAUUUCUCCUCCUUCCUUUUCCCCCUUUGUCCCAUUUUCCAUCCCCAGGUAACAAGUUCUCCUCGUCCCAUGCCUGUGUCCUAGUGGUGUCUGUGUGGUGUUAUGCCUCUGUGUUCGCCAUCAGUCCCCUGGCACAGUGGGGACACUACGGGCCCGAGCCUUAUGGCACUGCCUGCUGCAUUGACUGGCACGCUCCCAACCACGAGCUGUCAACACUGUCCUACAUCGUCUGCCUGUUCCUCUUCUGCUACGCUCUGCCCUGCACCGUCAUCUUCCUCUCCUACACCUUCAUCCUGCUGACGGUGCGCGGCUCUCGCCAGGCCGUCCAGCAGCAUGUGUCGUCCCAAACCAAGACCACCAAUGCACACGGCCUCAUCGUCAAGGUCAGAGGGUAUCCCUGUGUCAGCAGUCCAGUUCACAACAACAACAACAGCUCAGGGAUGAUAUAAUUCUGUGUGUGGCAGAUGUGUAUAGUUUGCAGGGUCUGUGCCAAAGUUAUAAUGCAUUAUACCUGCAGACUUUAAGUAAAGUAAUAUUGAAUAUUUAUUCAAUGUUUAUGCCUAUUUAUAUAUGCAGAAAUGUUUUCAAUUGUGUGUGUUUCUUAACAGUUGUCAGUAGCAGUAUGCAUCGGCUUCCUUGGUGCAUGGAGCCCUUACGCCAUAGUGGCCAUGUGGGCGGCAUUUGGUGACGCCACCAUUGUGCCUCCUGCUGCAUUCGCCCUGGCGGCCAUCUUUGCCAAAUCAUCCACCAUCUACAACCCUAUGGUCUACCUGCUGUGCAAACCCAACUUCCGCAAGUGUCUUUGUCGAGACACGUCCACAAUCCGCAAUAGGAUCUGCAGGGGCAGCCCCCGGCCUGAACAGAAAGACCCCUUUGGAUCCAUAUCCCAGCCAUCCCAGAGAAACAACAAGGAAAUUAGCAUCUCAUAUGGACAGCCAGAGAGCCCCAUGGUGUGUCUGCACUGUGCUGAGGAUGGAGCUCCCUUCCACACAGGGACCACAUCCCAGAGGACUGCCUGCAUACUGACAGGCUCCACCUACAGCGAGGUGACUGUCGGUCAACUCUCUGCCAAUCUGCAAGCUGAUUUCCUCUAG